GAUAUCUCCGCCGAGUUGCGCAGUCACUGUCGACGACGCUUUUACGUAAGAUUACGCCAACGCUGAUUGCUCUAGAAAGUAGCUCAAUCAGUAACGCCUGGAACUUGCGUUCCUGCAAAUGCCGAUUGCGGAAUCGUCGUCGAGGAAUAUCCGAACGACUUUCUUCUCGAGAUCCAUAAAUACCGAGAGUUUCCGAGAUACGAAACACGAUUGUAACAACGCGACUUUCUACGGAACCGAGAACGAGUGUAAUUUCUCGCCAUAUAUAGAGUGGUACAAACAUUUCGACCUCUGGACAUAAAAAUUCCCGUUGCAAGAUGAUAAAAGUAUUAGUCCUUCUGGUACUCAGUUCGGUCUGCGUCAUAAUCAACUCUCAAGAGGAGACAUCUGAUGGUAAGCGGCAUUUCGGCCAAACGUUCGAUGAGAUCAUCGUGUCGUCGGACUUAAACGUCAGAAGGAAAUCAAAAGAGAACCGUCAGGGCAAAAGAUUACUGUCGAACGUGCCGUCAGGGACCACCGGUCCGCCGGAAAAGCCGACUGCAAUCGCAUCCAGGCUCGUUUCCGCCGAUGGAAGCCGUAUAACGCCAGACAAAAGGGAGAAGCGGGACAUUCUUACAGCGCGAAGGAGGUAUCUGGAUUUGGGCGUCGCGGGAUACCUGCUGAAAUCUCGGAAACGGUGAAAAAUUCGACCCCGAGGACAACCGCACGACCCUCACACCCUCAUCUGUGAUCACACCUCUUUCGACGAACUUUUGGACCACGGCUCAUGUAACAAAAAAGGAACAAUAAAAUUCUUCUGUGUCAUAACA